GUAAAUAAAAGCCAACUAGGCCAAAGUCUCUGUUUCUCUCUUCCAUUUCAAUUCUUCGUCUUGUCGAGAAAUCUGAAAGAGUGAAAUCUGUCAAUAGAAGACGCGCCGGAUUUCAGAUUUGAAUUGGAUCAGAAUCAUGUGGAGAAGGCUCGCGAUUCAGCUACGAACUCUCGGCCCGGCCCGGUGCCCAUCCAUGCCCGUUCGAUGCGCCACCACCACUUCAAGCCGACCAGUCGGUUUCUAUCGCCAUUUCUCUGCAUCUGGAAAUGCGUCUGCAUUAAGAGUGGAAGAUGUAGUGCCGAUCGCUACUGGCCAUGAGCGAGAGGAGUUGGAAGCUGAGCUUCAAGGAAAGGACAUUCUCGAAAUCAACCACCCAUCGGGUCCUUUUGGAACGAAGGAAUCCCCUGCCGUGAUAAAGUCUUAUUACGACAAAAGAAUUGUGGGAUGCCCUGGUGGUGAAGGCGAGGAUGAGCACGAUGUUGUUUGGUUUUGGCUAGAGAAGGGCAUCCCACAUGAAUGCCCAGUAUGCUCACAGUAUUUUACGUUGGAAGUGGUAGGCCCUGGUGGGCCUCCAGACGGACAUGGAGACGGAGAUGAUGGUGGCCAUCACCACUAGAAGAUAGUCUGGCAAAUUUCUGCCAGAAUAAGAUCUGGUGACAGGAUGAGGAAUUUUGCAACAUUCUUCAGGGUUCGAAACUCAUUGGUUUUCGGAACGAACUGCUUUCACCAUGGCCUUGUUGCUUUGGCAACAAUUGAACCUGAUUCUCCUCUCCUUCUUUUGGGAUUUACAACAUGGGAAGGUGAUCCAUAGAAAUUAUGGAUUUCAAUUUUUUCAAACCAUUGAGGAUACAAUAAUUGUUUAUUUGUUUUUUCUUUUUCUAUAUUGUUUUGAUUUUUCGAGUUCUGAAGGUGGUUGAAAUAAUCUAAUUGCUAGUUAUGCUGCCUAGUCACAUCUUCUAUAUAAAGUGUAUAAAUUCCAUACAGCCCUUUAGCCCAUAUUAGAAUUUUAGAAUUGAUGUUUUUA